AUGAAAGCGAUCAAUAUCGUCAUUUUCACGGGUCGUAAUUCGCUAAAAGCCCAGUUUUCUGACCAGACGGCAGCGCGCGUGACAGAUUUUGAAAAGGACACCAGCGAUUCAGUCGCGGAAGCAUGGCACACUAUCCUGGGUUUUCUGGAAAGGGGGGGCCGGACGCUAACCCUUGCCGCUACUUUGCUGCAAGAAAACCAAGCCUUUGGGCAGCAAUCGCAUUUCUGCCGCGAUAGAGAUACAAUUUGCUUUGAGGCGAUUGCUGGCCGUUUGAAGGUUGAGGUUGGAAAAGCUGGCGAGUCGGAGAGAAGGCUGCAAGGAUGCCCGUACUCGGUCGAUCGGAUUAAACAUUCUCCAUCGACUAAACUGGGUUAUCUACGGGGUCGAACUGGGGACAUUGAGGGUGCCUUACAUCCUUCGUGCGGGCCAGAAAAAUCGAUUACGAAGAGUACGGAAUGA